GCCGUGCCUUGCCGCCGGGCCCUGCUGCUGUGCAACGGGAUGAGGUACAAGCUGCUGCAGGAGGGCGACAUUCAGGUCUGUGUCAUCCGGCACCCUCGGACCUUUCUCAGCAAGAUCCUCACCUCGAAAUUUCUGAGGCGCUGGGAGCCGCACCACCUAACGCUGGCCGACAACAGCUUGGCAUCCGCCACGCCGUCUGGGUACAUGGAAAACUCGGUCUCCUACAGCGCCAUUGAAGAUGUUCAACCGCUGUCCUGGGAGAAUGCCCCGAAGUACUGUUUACAGCUCACGAUCCCUGGGGGGACCGUCCUGCUGCAGGCUGCCAACAGCUACCUGCGAGAUCAGUGGUUCCAUUCUCUGCAGUGGAAGAAAAAGAUUUACAAAUACAAGAAGGUCCUGAGUAACCCAAGCCGCUGGGAGGUUGUCUUGAAGGAGAUUCGGACACUGGUGGAUAUGGCCCUCACGUCCCCACUGCAAGAUGACUCCAUCAAUCAGGCCCCAUUGGAAAUCGUCUCAAAACUGCUCUCGGAGAACACAAACCUGACCACUCAGGAGCACGAGAGCAUCAUUGUGCACUGCAGGGAGCGGCCCCGGUCCAUGGUGGUCAUCGAGGUGUUCACACCGGUGGUUCAGAGGAUCCUUAAGCAUAACAUGGACUUUGGGAAGUGCCCAAGGCUGAGGCUCUUCACCCAGGAGUACAUUCUCGCUCUGAAUGAGCUCAAUGCAGGCAUGGAGGUGGUAAAGAAGUUCAUUCAAAGCAUGCAUGGCCCCACAGGGCACUGCCCACAUCCUCGGGUCCUACCCAACCUUGUGGCUGUGUGCCUGGCUGCCAUCUACUCCUGCUACGAAGAGUUCAUCAACAGCCGAGACAACUCCCCCAGUCUGAAGGAGAUCCGGAACGGCUGUCAGCAGCCAUGUGACCGAAAGCCCACCUUACCUCUGCGCCUGCUGCACCCCAGCCCAGACCUGGUGUCUCAGGAAGCCACACUGUCUGAGCCACGGCUCAAGUCGGUGGUUGUGGCCUCCAGUGAGGUCCACGUGGAGGUGGAGCGCACCAGCACUGCCAAGCCGGCGCUGACGGCCAGCACGGGCAACGACAGUGAGCCCAACCUCAUCGAUUGCCUCAUGGUGAGCCCAGCCUGCGGCACCAUGAGCAUCGAGCUGGGCCCCCAGGCUGGCCGCACACUCGGCUGCCACGUGGAGAUCCUCAAGCUGCUGUCCGACUAUGAUGACUGGAGACCAUCUCUGGCCAGCUUGCUUCAACCCAUUCCAUUCCCCAAAGAAGCUCUCGCACAUGAGAAGUUCACCAAGGAGCUGAAGUAUGUGAUUCAGAGGUUUGCAGAGGAUCCAAGACAGGAAGUCCACUCGUGCCUGCUGAGCGUGCGGGCCGGCAAGGAUGGCUGGUUCCAGCUCUACAGCCCUGGAGGGGUGGCCUGCGAUGAUGAUGGGGAGCUGUUUGCCAGCAUGGUGCACAUCCUCAUGGGCUCCUGUUACAAGACCAAAAAGUUUCUGCUCUCACUGGCAGAAAACAAGCUGGGCCCCUGCAUGCUCCUGGCACUGAGAGGGAACCAGACCAUGGCGGAGAUCCUGUGCUUGAUGCUGGAAUACAACAUCAUUGACAACAACGACACCCAACUGCAGAUCAUCUCCACGCUGGAGAGCACAGACGUGGGCAAACGCAUGUACGAACAGCUGUGCGACCGGCAGCGGGAGCUGAAGGAGCUGCAAAGGAAAGGCGGGCCCACCAGGCUAACACUGCCCUCCAAGUCCACGGAUGCGGACCUGGCCCGCCUGCUGAGCUCUGGCUCCUUUGGAAACCUGGAGAACCUCAGCUUGGCCUUCACCAACGUCACCAGUGCCUGCGCCGAGCACCUCAUCAAACUGCCUUCCCUCAAGCAGCUCAAUCUGUGGUCCACGCAGUUUGGAGACGCCGGCCUGCGGCUCCUGUCGGAACACCUCACUAUGCUCCAGGUGCUGAACCUGUGUGAGACCCCAGUCACCGACGCUGGCCUGCUGGCCCUCAGCUGCCAAACUUCCUAAUCUGAAGGAGGUGGAUGUCCGCUACACGGAAGCCUGGUGAAGCCCCCGUGUGCACAGGAUGGUGUCGCAC